AUGCAUCCGCAUCUGCAUACCAAAAACGCGCUAGCUUGUGAGGACAUCAUUGCCGCGCUUGAAGAAUGCCACAACAGGGGUUUCAUGCACAAGGCCACUGGCGGCUGCAACGACGUAAAGCAACAAGUCAACCGGUGCCUCAAAACCGAACGGGGGAAGCUGCAGGCUGAGAAUCGGCAGGCGGCCAAGGCGAAGCGAGACAAGAUCAAGGAGGAGCAGAAAGCGCUUGGACUGUGA